AUGCCUAACCUGCCCAGACCUCGCUUCUCCCUCUACCUCUCCUCUCAGCUGCAGUACGGAGUGGUCCUGGUCUAUCACAGGCAGUGCGGGACUAACCUGAGCCUGCCUGACAACCUGUCCCUGCUGGAGACAUAUGAGGGAGCCAUGGACCCUUUCUUCGGAGUGAUGGAGGAGCAGCUGGAGCUACCCAGCCCCCUGCAGCUACCCCAGAUGAGGCACAUUCUAGAGGCAGCCACUCCAGAGCGCCCGCGAGAGGAAAGUCCCAGAGCAGCAGCCGUGGAACCAGAUUUCCUCACAGUGUCCCCCGAGAGCAUCACUCUGAAGGAGACUGAGCCUAUCCUGCCUCCGAGGAUCGAGGUUCAGUUGGAGGACAGAGAGAGGGAGCGAGAAGCAGAGAGAGAGCCGGAGAGAGAGGCAGUGGAGAGCAUCGUUUCACUGGAGCUUCCCCGAGGGGAGCUGGGUCCGGAGUUGGACUCUAUGGUUCUGCUGGACGAGGUCACUGGUCUUCCAGUAGAGGUCCCGUCUAUCCCAGCAGCCACCGUGUCGGUGGAGGUGACCCCCCCCAGAGAUAUCCCCAUUCCCUCCCCCACCUCCCCCCUGAGAGAGGAGAGUCCAGAGCUCCAGCUUGCUGCCCUCCCAGAAGCCCCCCCUGCUGCCGUGACCCCCCAGCGCAGACGCAGGCAGCUCCGAUUCAUCGACCUCAGCACGCAGAUAUCCCAGGAUGCACUGCGGGAGCAGAUACGCAACCCCCUGGCCGAGACACGCCCGCUGGAGGAGAUGCUUGUUGACCCACCAGAGAGACGCAGGAGGACUCCGGUGGAGCUCUUCAACGCGCCCUGCUGCACCCCCCCUCUCCCCCCUCCCCUGCUGCGUCUCUGGCGCCACUGUGCUAUCGUCUCCCCUGUUGACUACGCUGCCAGGAGAGCGAGGGAGCGACUGGAGAGGAGAGAGGAAGAGGAGGAGAGUGAGAUGGAGGUCGUUCUCGAAGCUGUUGAGCCCAGCAUGGCUCAGAUUGAGAUUUCAGUUCCCUCCGAGAUGCUCCUGGAGGUGUCUGAUGAGGAGCGCUCGCGCAGUUUCGUCACUCUGGAGAGCAGAUGGUCCCCAGUUGAACCAGCGCAGCCAGAAGUAGAGGCAGAGCGUCCGAUCCUGGAGGGCAUUCCCGAGGAGAUCGGCGUUCCAGAGGAGAGGGAGGAACUGGAGGAGCCCGUGACUGCAGAGUCCAUGCUCAGAUUGGCCUCAGAGCAGAUUGAUCGCUUCGGGGAGACGUACUUCGAUAUCCUGGCGCCUCACGGGAUCCUCAGGAAAGUGGCAGCCGUGUUGUUCUUCAGAGUGCUGGAGCUGUGUCAGAGGAGGGUUCUCACUGCAUUUCAGUCUGAGCCCUACGCUCGCAUCCUCAUCCGCCCAGGAGCCCUAUACAGAGUUCAGUAA